AUAACGGCGUGUUAAUGUGUCGUCUUUAUGGUGUUUUGUCUUAUUUAUUAUUAAUGAUUUAUUUUUAACAUUGCUAUAAAUAAUGUGUAAUCGUUAUAUUCUGUUAGUGCAUAUAUACAUUUGGUUUUUAAAUAUUUAACUGCAUUUGUAUACAACGAGUACUUCUAAAUUCUUCAAAUACUAGGUUAUGUUAUGAUUGAUUCACAUUUUAAAAAAGAAAAAAACAAAUAAUCGAGUAUCGUUGUACAAUUUACGUCAUUUACAUCAGUUUCCUUCAUAAUGGACAUUUUGCCAACGCAAGUUUGUGAAAAUGAUGAUUUUAUGCCAACUCAGAAGUUGUCUCAUUCCUCACAAUAUGAAGCUGGACAAGAACCAAUACAAAUUGCGGUACUGAAUAUCGGCUCCAAUGCAUAUCCAAUUAAAAAAGGAAUUACCAAAAUUGGCAGACAUCCAGAUUGCAAUAUUGUUCUGUACGAUCAGACGGUAUCUAAGAUGCACGCGGAAAUCGAAGCAAGCAGUUGUGAGACAUCCGUAUGGAUCUGCGAUCUGAAUUCUUCCAAUAAAACAAAACUCAACAAUUCAAUAUUAAGGCCGGGGCGGUGCUAUGAAUUGAAAGAUGGAACCGUGAUCGAAUUUGGCAUGGUUCGCGCAAUUUACAAGCUCCAUUAUUCAAUGGAUGACUCUUUGAUCCCAGAAACACCGGCACCGCCACGUCAAAUGAAACUGAUUAUACCAGGAACACCUGACUCGUCAAUGAACAAUUCAACCGCUUUGGAGGGGAAUGACUCUGUAAUACCUAGCACUCAAGGUGGAGAUGAAACAUCCGUAUUUCGACGUCCCUGUAUACCUCAACAUAACUACAGCAACAACAGCAACAGCAGUAACAUUAAGAAAACCAUUGUUUAUGAUUUUUCUACUGAUGACAGCAUGGACGAUUCAUCAAGUUCCACUAAGCGGGAAAAGGAAAAUGUAGGUGCACAAAGGGUCAGUAUUCAUGAUAUGGAGACGCAGAAAUCGUUUGAAUCGCUGAACGAUACGGAUAUCCACGACGUUGAAACUCAAAAGAUCUGCACGAGUAAGAUUACAACUACUGAAAACAAGAAGCCAAUUGACAUUCAUGAUAUGGAAACGCAAAACGAUCAGAACUUACAGAUGCAAGGUAAUGUUUCUGAUAUCCACGAAAUGGACACUCAAUAUGACAUAGACAUCAAUAAUGUAAUGACAUCAAGAGCGAUUGGGUGUCAGAACGUUUCAACACAAGAUGCUGAGGAUAGCACUCGAGAUGUCGAGAAAAAUAAAACAGAAAAAACAGAGUUACCAGAAGAUACUAAAGGCAGUAAUAAGAUGCAUGUACAAAAUAUUGAAGCUGAAGAGGGGUGCUGUUCCAAUAAUGCUAAUAUUCAUGACGAUAAAUACGAAGGAAAUAAUACGUCUAAAACAGUCGUAACUAUAAAACAACAAGAUAUUGCUAUGCGCGAUGAGCAAACCGAAGGUAUUCAGAAAACUUCACAAGGUUUCCUGCAAUUAUCGCUUUCGACAAAUUUUGAGGAUGACUGUUCAGAGCUCGAUAAAAGCCAUAAUUUACUUGGUUCGCAAAAUUUAUUAGAGGACUUGAUUGGAGAUGACGAUGUACUGAAUAAAUCACAUUCAAAAGCAUCGACGUCUACAAAGUCUUCAUGCCUGAGUAACAAUGAAACGACUGAAAAGAGCACCGACGAUGAGAGCAUAUUUGACGCGGCAACCCAAGUCAACGCCAAGGAUGGAAAUGUUUUCAAAACCGUUACUCGAUCCGUCGAGUAUCCACUUAAAGCUGCUUUAGUGGAAGAUGACUCUGAUGACACUGAUCAAGAAUGUUUAUUUCAAAGGUAUUCGCGUAUUGCCAGUCAAGAUAGUCAAAACCCUUCGAAAAGUCAGUCACUUAAAAGCGAAGAUUCGGAUACGGACGAGGAAGGUCAAUUCACGGAAAUAGCCGUGAAAGAAAAACGAGCAUGUCUGAGUUUUGAGGCGCGACAGAAUGCAAGUAAAGAAGUUACAAGUGGGGACUCGGACGACCUAUUCGAGAUGCCUACACAACAGGUAAACCGAAAGAGCAAAAAUUCAUUAACUACAGUUGACGUUGAUUUUGAUGCGCCAACGCAAGUAAUCAAAACGAAUAAAUCUGAAGACAACGCAAAGAUGAAGGAGAUAGAAGUCGACGAUUUGGCAGCGACACAAAUUCUUCAACCAAUUGAAUCUCCCUCGAGUGUAAACAAGCCUAUCGAUUUAACAAAAAAUAAUGCAGCAUCUACCGAAAAAGAUAUUACCGAAAUGGACGAUAAUAUGCCUACUCAAAUAAUGAACAUUUCCGAGACGGUUCCAGAAUCUGCUGAGAGUGAAUCACCCAGUCCUGACCUUUUGAAUCCAAACUCCGUGGAUGGAAACAGCGAUAAAGAUAUCGAUUAUGAAAUGGCUCCAACGCAAUUAAUCAGCGAGGUCGACAAAAGCCAAUCUGUACCAAAUGAUGGCGAUAGGAAAAAUGCUUCAAAAAAAUUGAAAGAAACAAAUUUAAAUGAUACAUUGGAACAAAAUCUAAAUGAUAUGUUCGAGGAUGUGAACGAGGACGAUAUAGAAGACCAGUCGCUGAUGUCAACCCAGGUUCUUACAAAUAUUUUGCAGUCGUCGCAACGCGAGGAUAAAUCUGACACUAGUCAUAACGUAGAUAGCGAGUCCCCAACAAAUAAUAAAGUAAAGAAAUCCCCAAAAGGUAGAAAAAGAAAAACUCCAGGGAUUGAUUUAAUAUCUCAUUCAACGCCGCGAAAACAGAAUCGUAGAUCUAAUUUAAAGAAUAUCACUAUCGACGACGAAUCACAAAAUGCGGGAAAUUAUAUCGCCAAUCUUACUCCGACGCAAAAACAAAAUGUUUUAUUGAAUUCCCAAGACGUUGCUGGCCCUGUUAAAAAUACAUCAGACAAUAGCAAAGAAGAGGAACAUGAAACAAUGUCAGAAGCUACGAGUGCUAUGAAUAAUAAAACCAUUAGUGUUUGUGAAACACUAUUGAGGUCUACACCUAAACGUUUAUCAAUGCCAAGGUCGUUGGCAAAAAAUAAAAAUGUGGAAUUGGAAGUGUCUGAAACGGUCACAGAGAAAACGGACGAAUCUAAGAAUAACAAAGUUAUGUUGGAAGAAUCUUCCAAAACGGAUGAUCAAAUAUCGAUAACAUCAGUGAAUACCAGACAAUCACGACUAAACUCUUUGAUAUUGAAUAAUGAUGAUGAUGAUAUUUUAGCUGGUUUACCUGAAGUUAGAAUUUCAGGUACUUUAUCUAACCCAGCAAGUCCAACAACGCCGAUAUCAAAGAAACGAGGCCAAAAAAAGGCUGUACCUAGAAAGAAACCAACUUCGCGGAAAUCAACACGAAAACUACCUGUUCGUGGGAACGCGGAAGAUGCUGAACCUCGUGUUAGUAAAUUGAAUUCUUCGCCAAUUUUGGGAAGAGUUAGUCAUCUUGAUGGCGACAAAGCGUCCACAAAAGUACACGAAAGUGACGAUGAAAGAAUAACUAAACCGUCUAAGCAAUCGACGAGGAAAAUAGCAUCUGAAACCUUACAUAAAUCCAAAAAGAAUGCAUCUCUAUCGCGAGAAAAAUCAAUUUCUGCUAUCGAUUCACAAGAACAAACAAGAUAUAGUCCUCCCAUUCAGAGCAAUAGAAAGACUCGUCGUUCCAGCAAAGAGAAUGUUGAUAAUUCGUCUAUUUUUCAGGUACAAAACGAAGAUUUGAUUGGAAACACAGCUACCGAACCUGCGAAAAGAACUACAAGUUCUUCACGUCUUGAAAAGAAAUCACUCAACUCGACAGAUAUAAUUGAAACUAGUAACGCAAAAAUGCGUAAGGGCGAUGCCAAUAAAAGUAACUCUAGAGGUACCAAAGGUAGAAAGAGUACCGCUAGAAACACAAUCGUUAACCAAAAUUCCAGUAAUAUUCUUGAUUACGUAAUUAAACGAAACUCGCCAGUCAAUGUAAAAGAUCCAUGUAACACGCAGCCGUCAGUUAGUCAAGAAAACUUACAGUCUAAACAAUUGGUAAUUAAAAUUAUGAAAGUAUCUCAUAAUAAACAAACAGGCUGUUUAUCUCCAAGUAUCCCGACCGAGUCAAUAGUUGAAAAUAACAACAUGGAAACUAAACAAACUCGUCGAAAACGCGUCAAUAAACGAGUUGCGUCAAACAAUGCAGUUACUACGGAAACUGAGGAAGCUGUACAAAAUGUGAGGACACGAGGAAACAAGAGUCAGAAAGUAACGAAUAGACGCCAAUGUGAGGUAGAAAUUGUCUGCUCUCAGGGUGGAGAAGAAUCACAAGAAGUUGAGAUGAUAAUGAAUGGUUCGCUUAAAGAUCAAAGUACUAAUUUAGACACGCACAAAAAGACAGAAAUAAAUGAAAAAAUAAGUGGCAGAACUAGAAAUUCUAGAAAACGUGCAAACGCGGUCAUUUACACGGAUGACGAUUCCUUAAACAGUAAUUCUUCCGAUUUGGUUGAAUUUGAUAAUGAACAAUUUCAAAGACCCAGUUCAAAAGCUAAACGAGCAAAAACGUUUAAAAAUUCUUCAAAUAUCACUAACAUCCCAGAAGAUGAACCUGAUACAACAACAAAGACGAGCAAUAAACGACCAUUCAGAUUAACACGUGGUUCCCAACAAUCAGUUUCCGAUUCCUCAAUGUCGGAUCAUUUAGAAACUAAUAAUAAUGCAAGUUUUGUAAAGAAUACGUCGAGUAAAGUGAAUAGUACUAGAUCAAGAGGAAGACAACCGAAAGCAGAGAAGCUUAAAGUUGAGAAAAAACAAAGUGAAUAUUUCAUAGAGGACAAUUCUUCAUCAGAAAUGAAUUCCUGUGUUGAUAAUGCAUCAAUUCUUGUAACGCCUACCAGAUUACGCAGAAGUAUGUCUUCUUCAUUAUCAGCAUCAUCGCCGCUCAAAGUAAAGCAUAAAAUUUUAUUCACGGGUAUUACGAACGACUACAGCAAAUUAUUAACAAAAUUGGGUGCCUCGCAAGUUGAAGAUGCAUCAAAAUGUGAUGUACUGGUCACAGACAAAGUACGAAGAACUGUUAAGUUUUUGUGUGCAUUAGCGCAAUCUGUACCAAUAGUUUCAAUCGAUUGGUUAAUUGAAAGUGAAAAAGCUGGCCACUUUAUGGAAUUAAAAAAUUAUAUCUUGAAAGACCCUGUUGCGGAAGCUAAAUUUGGGUUCAAGUUAAGAGGAAGCUUAGAAAAGGCAAAAGAACACAAGCUGUUAGAAGGAUACACAAUUCUACUAACACCCAAUGUAGCACCUCCACCUUUACCGGAAUUAAAAAGUAUAAUAAGUUCGUGCGGUGGUAAAGCGUUAGUUCGAGCGCCAUCAUCAUGGCCACAACGAGCAGUAAUCAUUUCUCGAUCGGAAGAUUUAGCAAACGCAAAAAAGUUUCUCGCUAAAGCUCCAAAAACUGUCACUAUACAGUCUACGGAAUUUUUAUUAACUGGAAUCUUAAGACAGGAGUUAAACUUUGAUAAGUACCAAUUAAAAUAAUUUGUUUUAAUUAUUAUACUUUCUUACAACAAAUAAGCCAAAUGUGUAUUGUAAGUGAUACGUGUAUACCGUUUGUAUAUAAUUAUUUUUGUUAGAAUUUUACACAAAUGCAUUUAUAUAAUAAUAAUUAUAUUCUAUCAAACUUAAUGCUAUACAUUUUAAUUUAGUAAUACAUAAAUAUAUACAUCUAAGUGUAAAUUUCAGGACAUAUAGAUACAAUAUUAUUUUUACGAAAUUAUAUAAUCAUAAAUAUUUUCGACUUUAAGUUACUUAAUAUUCUUUUCGAAUCAAAAAACUAUUGAAACAUUUCCAGUGUUUCUCAAAGAUUAUUUUGUACUUAUUUUUUUUAGUAAUUAUAAAUUCUUAUGAGAUUUUAGGUUUUCGCGGCCUGAGUUUAUACUCGAAUUCAUGGCUUCUAGAUGGAUGCCGCGUCUCUGUUCAACGAUUUGCCGGCGUUUUGCAAAUAACUACCGAUAUAUAGACUUCCAAAAAACA